UGGCACCGGCCUUUAAGCCUUCGGCGCAACUGCAUCAAAACGAUCAAAACCCUCAUAACUACAACCAUGGUGAAAGAAUUUACCGAAUCUCUAUCGGUGCUAGAUCGCCUGGAACAGCUGGUCAACAACGACUAUUUUGCGGACAUUGUAUUUUUAGUAGGAAACAAAGGUGAGAGAAUGUACGGCCAUAAAAACAUACUGACGCUGGCCAGCGAAGUGUUCUUCGCACAGUUUAAUGGUCUGUUCGUUGAAGGCCAGCAGUGCGAUAAACCUAUUUCUGUGACUGACAUUGAACCUGAAACAUUCCGGGAUAUUCUACGGUACAUGUACUGUCAAAAAAUAAAUCUCACCAAACAAAAUGUGACUGAAGUUUAUUACGCCUCGCAAAAAUAUAUGCUGCUUAAGCUGAAUGAAAUGUGCGAGCACUUUUUUGCUCACGAUCUGGAUGAAUCAAAUGUGCUUAAAGUGUUUGACGACAAUAGAAAGCACGAAUUUACCAAUGUAAACGAAUUAUGUUUAGCUAUCAUUCGUAAUAAUCCACUAGCUUGCUUUAAGCAUGAAGAUUUUUUUACUCUCGAAAAAGAAUCUUUGGAAAUUAUUGUACGCAGUACACAAAUAAACUGUUGUGCAAACCAAAUGCAAGAAGCAAUUCAAAACUGGGGUAAAGUUAAUGAGUUGCAAUUCGAAGACGCUAAACAACUUGCACAGAUCGUAUUGGACAUGAAGCAUCGCGAGUUCGACUGUGACAAACUCUAUGGCUUUGCCGCAUUCCAGUAUGCUAACAAUAUACAGUUUGAAAUGACAGUCAAAAGUUUAGACCAACCAGUUGCUUUAUAUGGAAUGGGCAUUUUUGUUAAGUCGGAAUCGAAACCGAAUGCUGAUGAAAACGUUACACUGAGCGUCUCGGUUACAAUUGGAGGAAUAAUGCAAUAUUCAGAGACAAGAAUUGUACCUUUGACGAAGGAUCUACGCACCGAAGCGUUUCUCUUUGAGAAAAUUCUGCUUAAUACAGACUCCCCUGCCUGCAAGAUUACGGUGGUCUUUGUAAAACCGCCUACUUCGACAAAACUUUUCUGCUUAAACGCGUUUUCAUCGAUCGAUAAAUGUCUAAACGUAACGCAUUCUACUCAGUGUACUAACUGCGUGGCCUAUCUGUUGUACAAACAGCUAGAUACAGUAGACUCGAAGAGUCAGUAAAAAAAGACAAAUAGGUAAUUUGGUAUGCAUUUCAACGUAUGUAAAAGGUUUCAGGGGAAGGAAAUAUCAAGAUUUUUAUAAAAAAAUACUAGUUAAAGGAACGAAUAAAAUUAUCUGUUAAUACUAGUUUCAGUUUGCUUUUGUUCUUCCGUAGUCUUUCGAUUGCAUUUAGGAUUUACUGUGCCUUCCUGUAGCAUUAAAUGCUGCAUGAAUUUAAAGUAUGAUCUGAGUGUACGUUUUAU